CCGCGCAGACUACUUAAGCUUCCCCCACCCGUAUGUUCGACCUUCCCCAUUCCAAUUGAGUCUGUGUCUAGAGAGAGAGAGAGAGAGAGAAUGAGGAUCGAAGACGGGAGUGAUCAAGUCUCUGCAUCGACGAAGCACCUUGUAUUUGCCUACUAUGUCACUGGCCAUGGCUUUGGUCACGCCACUCGUGUUGUUGAGGUGGUUCGACACCUCAUUCUUGCUGGACAUGAUGUUCACGUAGUCACUGGUGCCCCCGACUUUGUUUUCACAACCGAAAUACAGUCUCCUCGACUCUUUCUUCGCAAGCUAGUGCUAGACUGUGGAGCCGUUCAAGCAGACGCUUUGACGGUGGAUCGCCUUGCUUCCUUGGAGAAGUAUUCCGAGACAGCUGUAAAGCCUCGUGAUUCCAUUCUGGCAACGGAAGUAGAGUGGUUGAACUCCAUAAAGGCUGACUUAGUGGUUUCAGAUGUUGUUCCAGUUGCAUGCCGUGCAGCAGCUGAUGCUGGUAUUCGGUCUGUUUGUGUCACCAACUUCAGUUGGGACUUCAUCUAUGCAGAGUACGUGAUGGCAGCUGGCAACCAUCAUCGGUCGAUAGUUUGGCAGAUUGCAGAGGAUUAUUCUCACUGUGAGUUCUUAAUCCGCCUUCCAGGAUACUGCCCAAUGCCUGCUUUUCGUGAUGCGAUUGAUGUACCUUUAGUUGUGAGGAGGUUUCACAAAUCUCGCAAGGAGGCAAGGAAGGAGCUUGGGAUCGGAGAAGAUGUGAAACUUGUUAUCCUGAACUUUGGUGGUCAGCCAGCAGGUUGGAAGUUAAAAGAGGAGUACUUGCCUUCUGGUUGGCUCUGCCUGGUUUGUGGUGCUUCUGAUAACACGGAGCUUCCUCCGAAUUUCAUAAAGCUAGCAAGAGAUGUGUAUACUCCUGAUGUCAUAGCAGCAUCUGACUGUAUGCUUGGAAAAAUUGGGUAUGGCACUGUCAGUGAAGCUCUGGCAUACAAGUUACCAUUUAUCUUUGUACGUAGAGAUUAUUUCAAUGAAGAACCAUUUUUAAGAAAUAUGCUGGAGUAUUUUCAAGGUGGUGUUGAGAUGAUUAGGAGAGAUUUACUAACUGGGCAGUGGAAACCUUACCUUGAACGUGCAGUUAGUUUGAAGCCAUGCUAUGAGGGAGGCAUUAAUGGUGGUGAGGUUGCAGCUCGAAUUUUGCAGGAUACAGCUGUUGGAAAGAACUAUGCUUCAGAUAAGCUUAGUGGAGCAAGGAGAUUGCGGGAUGCCAUAGUUCUUGGGUACCAAUUGCAAAGAGUCCCUGGAAGAGAUCUUUGCAUUCCGGAUUGGUAUGCAAAUGCUGAAAAUGAACUUGGUCGUCGUACUGGAUCACCUACUGCUAACAUGACUGAGAAUAGCUUCCAUAUGAAUUACACUGAAGACUUUGAAAUUCUUCAUGGAGAUCUUCAAGGGCUUCAGGAUACAAUGAAUUUCUUGAAUAGCUUGGCAGAACUUGAUGCUGUCAAUGAUUCUGGAAAGAAUACAGAGAAGCCCUGGAUGCGGGAACGCAUGGCUGCUGCUGGUAUCUUCAAUUGGGAGGAAGAGAUUUUUGUGGCAAGAGCACCUGGAAGAUUGGAUGUAGUCGGAGGAAUUGCAGACUAUUCUGGAAGCCUUGUCUUACAGAUGCCUAUCAGAGAAGCCUGCCACGUGGCUGUGCAAAGAAAUGAUCCAAGUAAACAGAGGCUCUGGAAACAUGCCCAGUCUCGGCAGAAUGCUAAAGGACAAGGUUCAACACCUGUGCUGCAAAUUGUGUCGUAUGGGUCAGAAUUAAGCAAUCGUAGUCCAACAUUUGACAUGGAUUUAUCCGAUUUUAUGGAUGGAGAGCAGCCAAUAUCUUAUCAAAAGGCAAAAGAAUAUUUUGCUCGAGAUCCAUCCCAGAGAUGGGCAGCAUAUGUUGCAGGGGUAAUUCUGGUUUUAAUGACGGAACUAGGCGUGCGCUUCAAGAAUAGUAUCAGCAUGCUGGUUUCUUCUGCUGUCCCAGAAGGCAAAGGUGUAUCUUCUUCUGCUUCUGUGGAGGUUGCUAGCAUGUCUGCCAUUGCUGCUGCUCAUGGUUUAGACAUCAGCCCCAGGGAUCUUGCUUUGCUCUGCCAAAAGGUAGAGAAUCAUGUAGUUGGAGCUCCAUGUGGUGUGAUGGACCAGAUGACUUCAGCGUGUGGUGAAGCCAACAAACUUCUUGCUAUGAUUUGUCAGCCUGCUGAGGUAAUAGGGCUUGUGGCUAUUCCUAGUCAUAUACGGUUUUGGGGAAUUGAUUCAGGAAUAAGACACAGCAUUGGCGGUGCAGACUAUGGAUCUGUAAGAGUGGGGGCCUUUAUUGGUCGAAAGAUGAUAAAGUCUAUUGCGUCUACAAUGUUGUCCCAAUCAUUGUCAAGUGCAAAUGGGAACAUUGAUGAAUUGAAUGAGGAUGGUGUUGAGCUACUCCGAGCUGAGGCUUCAUUAGAUUACUUGUGCAACCUGUUGCCUCACAGAUAUGAAGCUCUUUACUGUAAGCAGCUUCCAGAUUCUAUGCUAGGUGAGAAAUUUUUGGAGCAGUAUGUUGAUCACGAUGAUCCAGUCACAAUCAUUGACCACAAGCGUAGUUAUGGAGUUAGAGCAGCUGCAAGACAUCCUAUGUAUGAGAAUUUCCGAGUGAAGGCCUUCAAAGCUCUGUUAACUUCUGCUGCAUCAGAUGAGCAACUCACGGCUCUUGGAGAAUUAAUGUAUCAGUGCCAUUACAGUUACAGUGCUUGUGGACUUGGCUCGAAUGGGACAGAGAGGCUUGUGCAAUUGGUGCAAGAAAUGCAGCACAAUAAAAUGUAUAACACUGAAGACAGGACUUUAUAUGGAGCAAAGAUUACCGGUGGUGGAUCAGGUGGGACAAUUUGCGUCAUUGGCAGGAAUUGUCUGCGGAGCAGCCAACACAUUCUCGAGAUUCAGCAGAGAUACAAAGCUGCCACAGGCUACUUGCCGUUUCUUUUCGAAGGUUCGUCUCCGGGUGCAGGAAAGUUUGGGUAUCUGAGAAUCCGUCGUCGCAACCCUCCCAAACUACAAUAGUGAACUAAUUCAAAAAUAAUAAUUAUUAUAAUUGUUUCACAUAAGAGAAUAAUAAAAUUAUUCAUUAUUUGUGUUCUACUUUUACGUCCAAUUGUGAAACCAUUGUGGAACACGCAACUCAAAUGUUUGGAAGCACUUUUUUUGAGUCCACUUUUUUCAAUAAAAUAAACAUUACUCUCUC